GUCCCCCAUUUGCCAUGUGUGAGCGUGCUGGGGGAAUCGCUCCUUGCUUCGAUUUCACUUCCUCUAUAAAAUUGGAGCACAACAACGAGCCGGAAAAUCCAGAGAGCUGAUUUUUAUAUCUACAGUUUGUUUUGCCUGUUUCAUCGGUCCGUUUCUUGAUUUCCAGGUUUCUUUCUCCAUUCUAUUGAGAGCUAUAUGUAUUUUCUCUCUGAGGCGCAAAGUUUGUUUCUCCUGGACCUAUCUAGGCCUAAGGCUUUCUCUUAACUCAGUCUCGGUUUUCUAUAGUGGGAAAGGUAUCCAGGCGUUGUUUUAAAGGUGCAGCAUAUUCUAGGAUGUGGCUGUACAAGCAUGAACUUCUGUACACUUGGUCGAUAUAGAGGUGGAUUAUCACUCAAGCUAGGUCGGGAAGCAAUUCAGGUCUAGAUUUGGUGGUGUUACCGCUCCAGGACACAUUCAAUUAUAUCGCUGCAACUUCAAUAAUGUCUACUUCGAAGAAAGUAAUUACAAGGGAGGAUUGGGAGAAAAAGCUUAAUGAUGCCAAGAUCAGAAAAGAAGACAUGAAUAAGCUGGUUAUGAACUUUCUUGUGACUGAGGGUUAUGUUGAAGCUGCUGAAAAAUUUCGAAUGGAGUCUGGCACUGAGCCAGAUAUUGAUCUCACAACAAUAACGGACCGAAUGGCUGUGAAAAAAGCUGUGCAGUGUGGGAAUGUAGAAGAUGCAAUUGAAAAAGUUAACGAUUUGAAUCCUGAAAUACUUGACACAAAUCCACAGUUAUUCUUCCAUCUCCAACAGCAGAGGUUGAUAGAGCUCAUCCGCAACGGCAAAGUAGAGGAAGCUUUGGAGUUCGCUCAAGAGGAGCUUGCCCCUAGGGGUGAAGAAAAUCAAAGCUUUCUAGAAGAGCUGGAGAGGACGGUAGCAUUGCUAGCAUUUGAGGAUGUGUCCAACUGCCCCGUUGGAGAGCUGCUUGACAUAUCUCAACGCCUCAAAACAGCAAGUGAGGUCAACGCUGCAAUUCUCACAAGCCAGAGCCAUGAAAAGGAUCCAAAACUUCCAAGCCUCUUGAAGAUGUUGAUUUGGGCUCAGAAUCAAUUAGAUGAGAAGGCCACUUUCCCUCGAAUAAAAAAUUUCUCUACUGCAGCUCUAGAAGACCCAUCAAUCUAAAUCCCACAUGUAUCAUACGGGGGCCUUCUGUGCAAGGGUCUUUGCAUCCAUUUACUUGAUCUUGAGGUGCCAUUGAAUUAAUUUUUGCCUUUUUAAUUUUCUCAUGCUCAUUCGAAUGUGGAAGUGUAUAAUGUAACAAGAGCAUGGCUUUGCCAUUGAUUGAGAGAAAAUGCUAGAAGUGCAUGUCAAAGCUACCUUUGGGCAAUGUAACGAUGCAAGAGGCCAUGUGAUCGAAUUAUCAAUGUAUGAAAGAGGGUGUGAUCUGCUUUGUAUUUUGAAGUACGAAUAUUGUCUUCCAUUUUCCUGUGCAAGAGACAUAUCCUUUCUCCAUUGACCAAUUU